ACGCGGUCACUCGAAGGGCGGCCGAAGACGCAGAAGGAGAAGGAGAUCGCGCUCUGGAAGUGAAGAAGAAUGAGAUGUCGUUUCUCCUCAAAGACUCUCAGUUUCAGUUCAAAGACUUUGCAUUUUAUAUCAAAAUUAGUCUCCAGAGGAAUGUCCGCAAAUUAUUAUCAAUGAAUCGAUGGAAUGCCUCAAAGGGUUUACACGAUUCCGACCAUCACUGAAGAGAUCCACUUCUUUACCAUUCAUUGCAAAUGUAUUUUUGAAAAUUUUAAUUAAAAGUUAUAUUUAUUUUAUAUA